AUGAUCUGUAAACUGAAGAGAGUUCCAGUUCCUUAUUAUUACCUCCCCUCUGCUUCCUUAUUAUUACCUCCUAUCUGCUUCCUUAUCUAUGCAUCCUUAUUAUUACCUCCUCUCUGCUCCUUAUUAUUACCCCCUCUCUGCUUUCUUAUCUCUGCUUCCUUAUUAUUACCUCCUCUCUGCUUUCUUAUCUUUAGCUCCUCUCUGCUCCUUAUUAUUACCUCCUUUCUGCUUCCUUAUUAUUACCCCCUCUAUGCUUUCUUAUCUCUGCAUCCUUAUUAUUACCUCCUCUCUGCUUUCUUAUUAUUUCCCCCUCUCUGCUUUCUUAUCUCUGCUUCCUUAUUAUUACCUCCUCUCUGCUUCUCUUUCCUUAUUAUUACCCCUCUCUGCUUUCUUAUCUCUGCUUCCUUAUCAUUACCUCCUCUCUGCUUUCUUAUCUCUGCUUCCUUAUUAUUACCCCUGCUUCCUCUGCUUUCUUAUCUCUGCUUCCUUAUUAUUACCUCCUCUCUCUGCUUUCUUAUCUCUGCUUCCUUAUUAUUACCCCCUCUCUGCUUUCUUAUCUCUGCUUCCUUAUUAUUACCUCCUCUCUGCUUUCUUAUCUCUGCUUCCUUAUUAUUACCUCCUCUCUGCUUUCUUAUCUCUGCUUCCUUAUUAUUACCCCCUCUCUGCUUCCUUAUCCUCUUCUGCUUCCUUAUCUCUGCUUCCUUAUUAUUACCCCCCUCUCUGCUGAUUCCUUAUCUCUGCUUCCUUAUUAUUACCUCCCCUCUGCUUCCUUAUUAUUACUCCUAUCUGCUUCCUUAUCUAUGCUUCCUUAUUAUUACCUCCUCUGCUUUCUCCUUUCCUUAUUAUUACCCCCCUCUGCUUUCUUAUCUCUGCUUCCUUUAUUAUUACCUCCUUUCUUAUUCCUUAUUAUUACCUCCUCUCUGCUUUCUAAUCUUUAGCUCCUCUCUGCUCCUUAUUAUUAACCCCUCUCUGCUUUCUUAUCUCUGCAUCCUUAUUAUUACCUCCUCUCUGCUUCCUUAUCUCUGCUUCCUUAUUAUUACCUCCUCUCUGCUUUCUUAUCUCUGCUUCCUUAUUAUUACCUCCUCUCUGCUUCCUUAUUAUUACCCCCUCUCUGCUUUCUUAUCUCUGCUUCCUUAUUAUUACUUCCUCUCUGCUUUCUUAUCUCUGCUUCCUUAUUAUUACCCCCUCUCUGCUUUCUUAUCUCUGCUUCCUUAUUAUUACCUCCUCUCUGCUUUCUCCCUCUCUGCUUUCUUAUUAUUACCCCCUCUCUGCUUUCUUAUCUCUGCCCCUCUUGCUUUAUUACCUCCUCUCUGCUUUCUCUCUCUGCUUUCUUAUUAUUAUUACCUCUCUGUUUCUUAUCUCUGCUUCCUUAUUAUUACCUCCUCUCUGCUUUCUUAUCUCUGCUUCCUUAUUAUUACCCCCUCUCUGCUUUCUUAUCUCUGCUUCCUUAUUACCUCCUCUCUGCUUUCUUAUCUCUGCUUCCUUAUUAUUACCUCCUCUCUGCUUUCUUAUCUCUAUUAUUACUCCUCUCUUAUUCUUCCUUCCUUACCCCCCUCUCUGCUUUCCUUAUCUUCCUACCUCCUCUCUGCUUUCUUAUCUCUGCUUCCUUAUUACCUCCUCUGCUUCCUAUCUCUGCUUCCUUAUCAUUACCUCCUCUCUGCUUUCUUAUCUCUGCUUCCUUAUUAUUACCCCCUCUCUGCUUCCUUAUCAUUACCUCCUCUCUGCUUUCUUAUCUCUGCUUCCUUAUUAUUACCCCCUCUCUGCUUUCUUAUCUCUGCUUCCUUAUUAUUACCUCCUCUCUGCUUCUUUAUUAUUACCUCCUCUCUGCUUUCUUAUCUCUGCUUCCUUAUUAUUACCUCCUCUCUGCUUUCUUAUCUCUGCUUCCUUAUUAUUACCCCCUCUCUGCUUUCUUAUCUCUGCUUCCUUAUUAUUACCCCCUCUCUGCUUUCUUAUCUCUGCUUUCUUAUUAUUACCUCCUCUCUGCUUUCUUAUCUCUGCUUCCUUAUUAUUACCUCCUCUCUGCUUUCUUAUCUCUGCUUCCUUAUUAUUACCUCCUCUCUGCUUUCUUAUCUCUGCUUUCUUACUAUUACCUCCUGUCUGCUCCUUAUUAUUACCUCCUCUCUGCUUCCUUAUCUCUGUUUCCUUAUUAUUACCUCCUCUCUGCUUCCUUAUUAUUACCCCCUCUCUGCUUUCUUAUCUCUGCUUCCUUAUUAUUACCUCCUCUCUGCUUCCUUAUCUCUUCUGUUCAUUAUCUGUCCAUCUCAUUCCUUUUCAUAUCUAUCUCUCCGUCCUUUUCAUAUUAUUGAUAUAUCUAUCUAUCUCAGUCAUUUUCAUAUUUAUCUAUCAACGUCUGUUCAUUAUCUAAAUCCCUUUCAUAUCUAUCUACUUAUCUAUCUCAGUCAUUUCCAUAAUUAUCUAUCUAUCUAUCUAUCUAUCACAGUCUGUUCAUUAUUUAUCCAUCUCAGUCGUUUUCAUAUUUAUCUAUCUAUCUGGAGUGACAGGGUGUAA